AUGGCACAGAAGUCCCCAUCGAAAUUUAUUUUACUUCAUCCAAUUGAAAAUCAUCGUACGACAUGUCAGAAAACAAAAAAUUCACCAUUAAAUACAACACAAAAUAUUAGUACUAAUACUGAUAAUAUACAAUUGAAUCGUGAUAUAUCUACAAAUACACCUAAUUAUGCUGAACAAAUGGCUAAAGCAUUAGAUAAUGGUAAUGCUGCUGAAGAAAUUGUUCAAAUGCUUAUGCAAAAUGAAGCUUCUGAAUCUUAUUGGAAACUAAUGACCGAACGACGAAAAGAAGCUAUUGAAGAAACAAUUGUUGAAAAUCAACAAUUACAUAAUCUUAUUGAUGAUUUGAGUAAAGAAAAUGAACAACUUCGUAUUUUGUCUGGUCAUUGUGAUUACUUACAAAAUGUUCUCAAUUCGUUUACUAAUGAACAUGAUAGUCUUCUUGAUGAUAGUUCAACCAAUUGA